AACCCGACCUGGAGGUGACUCUGCCGCCCGUGGAAGCCCCGCGACAUGUCUGGGAUGGUGGACGUGGGUGACCUGGUGCAGCUCCGGCAGCUCAACCUGGCGCUCCUGAGGCAGCUGUGGGCCGGGCAGGAUGCCGUGCGGCGCUCGGUGGCCAGGGCGGCCUCAGAGUCAGCCCUGGGUGCCAGCAGCUGGGACUCCCAGACCCCAUCAUCCCAGGAGAUGUCUCCAGUGGCCUUUAGAGCCUCCCGCCUGCAGGACGCCCAGCAGGACGCCCCCUGUGGUACAUCCUGGCCCGGCGGGGCCAGCUCUGGGGUCACCUCUCUCCCGUCUGCCAGGGACCGGCGCCCAGCGUCCCUGGGCUCGCCGAGGCCCUGCUCGGCACCCUUGCUGCCCAUCUCAGAGCCAGACGACUCAGAGCUUUCAGCAGGGCUGCCCGGCUCAGUGCCCCAGGAGGCCCGGGCCCAGAGCUCCGUCCUGGACCGGCACAGCCAGCCCCCCAAGUCGAGAGUGACCUUCCGUGAGGAGUGUGCAGUGCCUGACGGGAUCUGGCGCCUCAGGCCCUACUUGGGCUACGACUGGAUCGCAGGGUCGCUGGACAACAGCUCCCCCGUCACCAGCAAGCCCGAUGCCUUCUUCUCGGAGCUGAAGGAUUUCCGGGAGGCCAACAAGGAGGAGUGUAUUCACAGCGACCCGGAGCCCCGGCCCCCAGGCGUGCGGGAGAGCCGUGGCGUGGAGGAAGAGCAUGCAUGCGUGUACUGUUACCACGUCAACCGACGCCUGUUUCUGGUGCCUUCCGACCCCGGUGUCCCCUGCCGCCUGUGCAAGACCCCCCGGGACCAGAGGGGCCCUGAGACCCUGCUGGAGCCCGCGCAUGUCAGGGUGAGCAUCCCGCUGUCCGUCCUCCACCCUCCACACCAGUACCGCAUCCACCGGCGAAAGAGCUUCGACGCCUCCGACACGCUGGCCCUGCCCCGGCACUGCUUGCUGGGCUGGGACAUUUUCCCUCCCAAAUCCGAGAAGAGCUCAGCCCCCAGGAGCCUGGACCUCUGGUCCUGUGUGUCCUCCGAGGCCCAGCACCGGAAGCUGCCCGCUGCCAGCCCUUCCUACCUGUGUGGUCAGGACCCCAGGCCUGCGCCCCCUGUGAAGCCCUGAGGACUGGCCAUUUAGAGGAGGAUGGAGCCGCGGCCACCAGCUGUAACCCGUCUUCUCUGUUAGGGCAUCCGAGGAGG